AUGCAUAAAUUCAUUAAGGCUACUGACGAGAAGGUUGAAAGUCAACAUUCAGCUAUCAAGAAUUUGGAAAUUCAGGUAAGCCAAUUAGCAACCCUCAUAUCUGGACAAAUUCAAGGUGCUCUACCAAGCAACACUGAGAAAAAUCCAAAAGAACACCUCAAAGUUAUCUCUCUACGAUCAGUUAAAUCUCUUGAUGAUCCAUAUGCAGAUAGAGAAGGAAAGCCACACGAAGUGAAAAAGGUAAACGAAGAUGCUUUGACGCAAAUGCCUUCAUAUGCUAAAUUUCUCAAAGAAAUUUUGUCGAGCAAAAGAAAAUUGGAAGAAGUUUCAGUGGUUAAGAUUACAGAAAAAUGUAGUGCUAUACUUCAAAAUAAGCUUCCUCAGAAACUUGGUGAUCCGGGAAGUUUUACAAUUCCUUGUAUCGUGGGAGGUACUCACUUUGAAAAGGCGUUAUGUGAUUCAGGUGCUUCAAUAAAUCUAUUGCCUUUUUCAAUUUUUAGGAAAUUAGAACUUUGUGAAAUGAAAGAUACUGGUGUGUCUCUUCAAUUAGCUGAUCAAAGUACUAAGAGACCAAAAGGAAUUAUUGAAAAUAUCCUUGUCAGAGUUGACAAAUUUGUAUUCCCAAUAGAUUUUAUAGUGCUUGAAAUGGAAGAAAAUACUGAGGUACCAUUAAUUUUAGGUAGACCCUCUCUCGCAACAGGGAGAGCAAUUAUUGAUGUUCAUCAAGGACAACUAAUUUUGCUAGUUGAUGAGGAAAGAGUAAUUUUUGACAUGCAGAAAAUGAUGAAAUAUCCUGGGGAUGAGUCAUCAUCAGGUCAGGUACCACAAGUGAUGAAAAUGCCACAAUCAGAGAAGAAGCGGAAACAUUGGAAAGAAUCAGAAAAUGAGAAAGUCUCACAAGAAGAAGAAUACAAACUGAUAGAAGUCUUGAGGAAACAUAAAAGAGCUUUAGGGUGGACUAUAACUGACAUCAAAGGAAUCAAUCCAGCUAUUUGUAUGCAUAGGAUCCUCAUGGAAGAAAAUUACAAACCGAUAGUCCAACCACAAAGGAGACUGAAUCUAGCAAUGCAAGAAGUUGUCAAGAAAGAAGUGGUAAAACUUCUAGCGGCAGGUAUCAUUUAUCCAAUAUCUGAUAGCCCUUGGCAUUGCAUGUCUGCAAUUUUCUCAGAUAUGACUGAAAAGUUUCCUGAAAUAUUUAUAGAUGAUUUCACACUUUUUGGACAUAAAAUCACUGCUAAAGGAAUAGAAGUUGAUAAGACUAAAAUUGAUCUUAUAGCAGGAUUGCCCCCUCCCACCACUGUUAAAGAUGACUGCAGAAAAGCAUUUGAGUUUCUCAAAGAACAAUUGACUAAUGCUCCAAUUGUUAUCUCUCCUGAUUGGAGCCAGCCAUUUGAAAUAAUGUGUGAUGCAAGUGAUAUAGCAGUAGGAGAAAUAUUGGGACAAAAGAAAAAUAAGAUCUUUAGACCCAUAUACUAUGCCAGCAGAACCCUCAAUGAAGCUCAAAUGAAUUAUGCAACAACCGAGAAAGAGUUACUGGCAGUAGUCUAUGCGUUUGACAAAUUUCGUUCUUAUUUGAUAGGAACGAAGGUUACAGUGUUCACUGAUCAUGCAGCAUUAAAGUAUCUAUUAGCAAAGAAAGACGCUAGACCUAGAUUGCUAAGAUGGAUACGCUUUUUGCAAGAAUUUGAUCUCGAAAUAAAAGAUAGAAAAGGUUCAGAAAAUCAGGUAGCUGAUCAUUUGUCACGUUUAGAGAAUCCUCUUACUGAAAUACUAGAUAUCCAAGAGGAAUUUCCUGAUGAGCAUAACUUUUCAGUCGCGGCGGUUGUAAAUAAACCGCCUUGGUUUGCUGAUAUUGCCAAUUAUUUAGCAGGGGAUGACAUAAUCAAGAGAUGUGUACCUGAAACAGAAAUGAAUAACAUUAUAAGUCACUGCCAUGAUGGAGCUGUGGGAGGACACUACGGAGGAAGAAGGACAACGGCUAAAGUACUUGAAGUUGGUUUUUUCUGGCUUACUUUGUUCAAAGAUGCAAAAAAAAAAUUUGCUGCUUGA